GUGUAAUCGUUGAUUCGAUAGCUGCUGGUACAAGUGAGGUUUGUUUGUGCCUGGAUGUGAAAGUAAUUAAGUGUCAUGAGGUUAUAAUAUUCAUAAUGUAAAUAAGAGUGGUGUAUGGUUUAGUGUUUGUGUUGGUAUGCAAAAUGGAAACGAAUAACGUAUUGUUCGUUGAGUGGAUACUUAUAAUACAGUUGGCAUUUUGUAUUUUAAGUGUUGUGCGAUGUAAUGAAAUUUGUGAAAUUCAUGCAACAGUAAUUCGUCGUAUUGAAAAUGAGGGCUUUCAUAGAGACAUACAUUCUUUGGUGGAAAUUGUAACUGGCUAUUUCACACUGUUGGAUGAUUGUGUGAUGAUAUUAGAAGAAACCAUGCCCAGUGGCCUUUAUGUAAACCCUGAUCAGCUAGCAGAUAUGCGACGUUUUCGACAGGUACAGGCUUGUCCUGUCGGUAUGGUUGACAUAGAAGCAUCCCAGAAAGAUUCACUCCCUCAUUCAGUGUAUGUGUACUCCAGCCUAAACCGCACUGAGAACCUCUUGUCUGCCUCACUGACAUUACCAUUUCAUGUGCGGUAUCAUAGCCCUACCCCACAUGGGGGUUAUUCCAUGGUGCAGUUGGCAGCUCCAUCCCUUCUGCUUCACUGUCAAAAUGAUAUGCAGUGUGUGCAAGGGAAGAGGAUCCACGCACCCUGUAGACCUUGUGGUUCUGACCUGUGCCAGUGGGUCAAUCUUACGUACAAGACAAACUCCCCAAGUAUCAGCCUGCAUAUACCAGUGGGAAACUUAUCUCAUUAUGUCCUGGUCAUAAUAGUGACUCUUCUUGUGACGUGUGGAGGAUGCGUUUACAUCCUGUCUACGGUGGUAGAAGCGUGGCCUCACACUGCCAAUGUUUCGAAGAUCGGGCACACUGAAGAACAUUCCCAACAGCCAUCAGCAUCAUCUUAUUGGCCGCAUUCCUGUAUUCUGUCACACGACUGAUGUGGCAUGUGAAAAGUUAGAGACUGGUAACAAAUGAUAGAUUUUAAUAAUACCAUUUCUGGUCAUGUAAAUUGUUGAUAGAGAGGUUUACUGUGUUUAUGUGAACACAAAAAUCACUUUCUUAAUUCAGGUCUUACUUCUUUCUUCUGCAAUAGAGCAUGAAGACACCAGAUAAUGUUUUACCUAAAGACAUCAAAUUUGCAGGUAUUGAACAUGACACAUUUUAUCACAUGGUUCUGUAAGUAGCACAAAAGAGAAGCAAGUUAAUGCAGUGCAUAGGAAAUAACGGAUAUAGAGUUAUGAUCUGAGAAAUAAUCUGUUGUAUAAAGAAAUUUUUGAAACGUUAUUAAUCUCUAUUAGUGUUAAUGAAUUUUGAUAAUAGCCAUCAAUAUAAAAUUUCAGGAAAGUCAUUCAGUGGAAAUAAAGUUGUUUCGUAAGAAGUCAGACGACAUAACACAGUAGUUUCUAGUUUUUAAGCCGUGCCUAAACAUUUGAGUAUAAUGUGCAAGAAAUUGUGCUAUUGUGACCUUGAUACUCACAUUGUUCCUUGUUUCAGUUCCUCUGAAGCAGUUUGUGUUGAAUCAUAAGAUAAAAUAUGGCUUUCUUUCUUUUUAUGUUGCCACGAAGAUGGAUAUGCUACUUCGUCAGCACAGGAUGACCUGAGCCCAAUCCCCGGCUAGGGCACUG